CUGUCUGAUGUGAGGAAGGCUGAACUGAAAACAACUGUGGCUCAGGGUGGGACUCUGAAGGCCGACGGCUGGCUUCUCGUUUCCUCCCGGGAUUCCCUUAUUUAAUCACUUCAGCAUCCCCAGCCCACAUGUAACGUGACGACUCAAAGUAAUCGGUCGACAGAAGGUGGAUAUUCGUGGAAAGCUGAGCUGAAGUCCGUGCGGAACCGAGUGAAAAAACAGACAUGGACGAGAAGGCGUUUUCGAAAGAGCUCGAUCAGUGGAUUGAACAGCUCAAUGAAUGCAAACAGCUCUCGGAAAACCAAGUCAAGAGCCUCUGUGAGAAGGCUAAAGAGAUCCUGACGAAGGAGUCUAAUGUGCAGGAGGUGCGGUGUCCGGUCACCGUGUGUGGAGAUGUACACGGACAGUUUCACGACCUGAUGGAGCUCUUCAGGAUCGGAGGGAAGUCACCAGACACAAACUACCUGUUCAUGGGAGACUAUGUGGACCGAGGCUAUUACUCUGUGGAGACCGUCACGCUGCUCGUCGCUCUCAAGGUAAGGUACCGUGAACGCAUUACAAUACUUCGAGGGAACCACGAGAGCAGACAGAUCACACAAGUGUACGGCUUUUAUGACGAAUGCUUACGGAAAUAUGGCAACGCAAACGUUUGGAAAUACUUCACAGACCUCUUCGAUUACCUUCCCCUCACUGCUCUGGUCGAUGGUCAGAUCUUCUGUCUUCACGGAGGAUUGUCACCGUCCAUAGACACUCUGGAUCACAUCCGAGCGCUGGAUCGUUUACAGGAAGUUCCUCAUGAGGGACCCAUGUGUGAUCUGUUGUGGUCUGACCCAGAUGAUCGCGGAGGUUGGGGUAUUUCUCCGAGAGGUGCAGGCUACACCUUUGGGCAGGACAUCUCUGAGACGUUCAACCACGCUAACGGCCUCACGCUGGUCUCCAGAGCUCACCAGCUGGUGAUGGAGGGGUACAACUGGUGCCAUGAUCGCAACGUGGUGACGAUUUUCAGCGCGCCCAACUACUGCUACCGCUGUGGGAACCAGGCGGCCAUCAUGGAGCUGGACGACACGCUCAAGUACUCGUUCCUGCAGUUCGACCCCGCGCCGCGCAGAGGAGAGCCGCAUGUCACCCGCCGGACCCCCGACUACUUCCUGUGAACCCAGUAUUGCCAUGAGAGUAUAAUCAUCAUCAUUCAGUUUAACAUAAGGGGAGAGGAAAGGGCAACAGUAUAGAAAGAUAAGAGAAAACUGAUCCAGUGAGAAAUGUCUGUGGACCAAAAGGUGUGUGCCAUAUCCGAAGCGAUCGGGCUCCACGAGCCUCAGACCUCUGCUCUGCUUCUGUCCUGCUAUCUUUAGAUGAACACAGGCUGUGAAACACAGGUCUCCUUCAUGAACCCUGUUUGUGUCUUUUCUUUUUCUUUUUUUAUGUCUGUUUGCACUUUUUUUUUUUUUUUUUUUCAGUCGGUUUUCCAGUUUAUUUCCAUGUUCCAUAGGUGAUUAGAUGCUUUUAUAUCCUAACGAGCAGGCUAUAAUCUUUCCUACGGUGAACAUGUUAAAUAUGCCAACUAAAGAUGUGUGGCAGACUGAGAUGGCAUGCUGUCGUCUGAAUCCUGGAAUCGCUUCACGUGAUGGUUCUGUGUCUGUAUAAAGGGUACCAGUUCAAGAAUAAAGAUGGAUCUUGCUCCUG